AUGAAGUUCGGAAGGGAGCUCCUGGCACACAUCCGCCAGUGCGAAUCCAGCUCCCCUCCUUGCGCCGGGGGCGACUAUGUGGAUUACAAUGCGCUGAAGCAGCUCAUUAAGGCCGGCUGCACAGAAGAUGAUUUUCAGAAACUCUAUGACAGGGAGCUUGCCAAAGUGUCGGCGAACCUUGCAGCGGGUGAGGCGCUGAAUCGCGAUCCGAAGUACGCGGUUAUCAACCGCCAGGCUUUGGACAAGAUCAGUAAAAAGUUCGACAAGCGCUUGAAUGGGCAGAUCCGAGCCACGAACUGGGUCACCACCAGCGCAGAGUUGGCUAAAGCUUUAGGAGGUCUGCAAAUCGAAGAUGCCUUUAACCCACCUGACCUUGAGCCCGCACAAAGGUCGGGUGCCGUGAUUUUGUGCGCGGGCGCCUUCUCCGGCAUCAUGUCAAGAACUCUGACAGCACCUUUGGACCGCAUCAAGAUCAUGAUGCAGGCGGGCAAUGCACCUAAAGUCGGCGGUCAACGGCCCCCACACCGCUGGGAUGCCUCCUCUCCGAAACUGAGAGCUGCCGCGCAGGCGAUACUGCGCGAUGGAGGACCGGGAGCAUUUUGGCAGGGGAACGGGGCCAACGUGUUGAAGGUGAUGCCCGAGUCGGCCGUGAAGUUCCUGGUGUAUGACAAGGUGAAAGCCGCCCUAUCCAACACAGAGACCUUGCUGCCCGUCUCCGAGCGGCUCGUUGCCGGAUCUGUCGCUGGCUGCAUUUCCCAGGCCGUUGUCUAUCCACUGGAUGUAACAAAAACUCGCCUCGCCGCCGCACCGUCAGGUACUUACUCUGGCAUCUUGGACUGCCUGCAGCGCACCAUCCGAGUGGAGGGCUUUCAUGCGCUUUACAAGGGGAUUUGGCCCGCCUUGCUGGCCAUUGUCCCCGCCGCCGGCAUCGAUCUGGCUGUCUACAAUACCCUGAAGGCAAACUAUGAGCAGCCCCGGAAUGCAGAUCAGCGGGCGAUGCCACUCACGUUGGCUCUCUGUUUCGGCGCAGUCUCUGCCACUUGUGGAGCCGUGGUCUCGUAUCCGCUUACGGUGGUCAGGACCCGGCUCAUCGUCCAGGGCAUGCCCGGGCGGCCUCCAAGAUACGCAGGUGUGAUGGAUUGCGUCCGCAAGAUCUUGGCCAACAGUGGCUUCCAAGGUCUCUAUCGCGGCUUGACCCCGGCGCUCUUCAAGACCAUCCCGGCACCUUUGCAACGGGAAAGGGUGGUAGCGCCGGACCUCCGGUGUAAUAUAGAAGAUUCAAGCAAGUACCGAAUCUGGGAGAACUGUUGA